GGUAUGAAGUUCGAGUUCCUCGUUCAAUUCGUCACCAAGAUGGUCAAGAGUGGACUUUACCUUGCCAAAUUUGUUAAGUCGCCUCCUCGACAUGAUGAAAAGUGUGAUCUCGUCUACAAAGUCGGUAAAAACAUCGUCAACAUUUGGGAGUUCCUUUUCGAGACUAAGCCACAAAACAGAGGGGAACGUGCAUAUGUCGUCAGAAGGCGAAAAAUGGAAUCACUUCUGAGGGGGUAUCAUAAGGCACCGGCGGAGACGGAAGUUGCAUUUCUAGACCGUUUGGAGAUGAUGUACUUCGACGAACAAAUUGGGGCGUUUACAAUCGCAGAUUAUGCAACUUGUUUUGGGGAAGGCUUCGAUGCUGAGGACUCAGAGGAAGAAAGUGAAGAUGGUACUCUUUGCAAGCGACUUUGGCAGAUGAGAGGCAAAAAGCUUGUACCUCGGCUUCGCAGAAGAUGGGUGCGUCGGGCACAUCGUCCGGUUCUGGAGGGGCUUCGAGUAUGGCAGUUACAACGGACCAGUUACAUGGCGGGCAACACAACAACGCUAUCUUCCGACGCAGUUCAGGAUGAUCCGAGGCUGCAGGCAAUUCUCUCCCCAGAGGCUAUGGCAAGUCUCUCAGCACUUGCACAUAGCCCGCCUACUGUUUUGGAAUUGCUGCGCUCUCAAACUCUUCAACCACCUCCGUUUGAGCCUUUGGAGUACGAGAUUGAAGACAUCAUCCCUCCGGACAUUGCACGGCUUCCUGGACCUAUUGUGUGUCGGGACGAUUAUACGGUGAUGCCUGACAACGUAUGGGGUCAUCACAUUAUAUGGCACCCCCACCACUUCCAACCUGCAUUGGCGAGAGGGAACUGGGUAAUGGCUAUAAAAGAAGAAGGGGAUUGGCAAUUUUGCCUCCACAGACGCAUGUCACGAUCCAAGUUUGUCGCACACGCCAAAAAUGAGAUUGGCAAGCGACUACUGCGACUUAAGCCGAAGGUUUCUCAAUCAAGACUGGAUGCAAGGACAGAAGAAAUCUUUGAGGAGUUCAAAACAUCUCGAUGGCUUGAGUAUCUGGAAGAGUUCUAUGAUCGAGAAACAAGUCCAGCUUUUGGAUAUAAUUGGCGUAUCAAAGAGGAAAUUGAAGACAAAGUUGGGGAAAGGAAAGGAGCGAGCGGGGAUGAGAGUGGCAAGGGAUCAGGAUCAGGCGGCGGUGCGCUUGGCAAGGGAACAAGAUCAAGUGGUGGUGAACAUGGCAAGGGAUCGGAACCACGGGGCGGUGUCAGUGGCAAGGGUCUGGGACCAAGCGUCGGUGCAAGUGGAAAGCCAAUAAGUAAUGGUGAACUGCAAAAACACGAAAUGUGUCAAGGGCGUCAAGCAACAGAGGGAAAGGUAUCAGGAUCAAGCGGCGGUGCACAUGACAAGGGAUUGGGUUCGCCUCUGGGAUUAGGACCAAGCAGCGGUGCACAUUGCAGGGGAUCGUGUUCGCCUCUGGGAUUAGGACCAAGCGGCAGUGCAUAUGGCAGGGGAUCGAGAGGCGAUGCAAGUGUACAGGAUUUGGGAGGAAGCGGCGGUGCAAGCGUCAAGGGCGUAAGUCAUGGAGAACUGCCGAAAUGUGUCGAGGACGUCCUUCCGAAUGACCAAGUUUGGGCGACCACUGUGUUGGCGAGAGAGAGUGUUACUGCGCAAGUGGAUAAUACUGGUGCACUUGCAGAAUGAGGGAUGUCAUUGGAUAUGCCAGCUGAGAAAGAUGAACAUGAAGUCUCUCUGAACAUGAAGAAUAAAAGCGCGACUGCAGG